GUUUUUAUUUAAUUCGAUUUAUUUUGUUAUUUUUUGACAUAUUCUCAGCUUCUUCUGUAGGGUAGAUUUUGUUGCACGUUGGGUGGGUGAGUGAGUUUGACCAGGUGUUUUGGUCGGUGCAUGCGGGCCGUUAAUUUUUUCGUAAAAGAAAUUAAAACCUCAACAUUUUUACGUGCUUUACGUUAACUUCUUAUUGGGAAGCGCAGCAACAAAAACGGUUGUAUUCCAAUUAAAAAUUUGGUGAAUUAAAGGAUUGGCGAAUAUGUUUCGAUUGUUAGCAGCUAAUUGCAAUCGCCAUUUAACACAGCAACUGCCGAAAUACUAUCAAUUAAAUGGUGUCCGCGAUUUUAGCGCUCAUUUUAAAAAUGCCAACAAAUUGCUGCGCGUAGUUGAACAGCAAACGGGCAAAGUGGCAAAGACAAAUGGGAAGCGAAUAUUGAAUACGCGCCUUUUGCUAUGGGGCGGUUGCGGGGUGUCAUUGGGCUUGGGCACACGCACAUACCUAUCGUUCGCCAGGCAAGUGCAAUGCGAAGGCAGUCGAUUAACGGGUGUGCUGCACAAGACACUUCAAUCGGAGGAUAGUAAAUUUGAUUGGAAACGGUUAUGGUCUUACUUGGAGCCGCAUUUGUGGGAGCUGCUGGGCGCUAUUGCGGCUGCUCUAGUUGUGGCUUUCAUUAAUAUACGCAUUCCAAACCUUCUCGGAGAUCUGGUCAAUACUUUAGCGCGCUAUGCUAAUACCUACGUAAAAGAUCCCCUGCAUAAUUCGUUCUUCAGCGAUGUGAGGCGCCCAGCGAGUAAUUUACUCAGCCUGUACUUUUUCCAAUCUGGUUUCACCUUCAUUUACAUCUAUCUGCUUAGUCGUGUUGGUGAACGCAUAGCUGCAAAACUGCGACAAGAUCUUUUCAAGCAAAUAAUUCUGCAAGAUAUCGCUUUUUUCGAUGCUAACCGCACGGGUGAAUUGGUGAAUCGUCUUACUGCAGAUGUGCAAGACUUUAAAGCGUGCUUUAAGCAAUUCUUUUCUCAAGGUCUGCGCAGUGCGGCUCAACUUGUAGGCGGUGGCGUAUCACUAUUUCUCAUUUCACCGCAUAUGGCUGCAAUAGCGUUGGCUGCAGUGCCAGUGGUUGUGAUUUUUAUGUCAUAUCUGGGGCGCAAAUUGCGAAAUUUGAGUAAAAAUUCACAAGCGCAGUCUGAACGUGCUACGGCUGUGUGUGAAGAGGCGUUGUCGAACAUACGUACAGUGCGUUCCAGCGCUUGCGAAUAUCGUGAAAUGGAGCUUUUCAAACAGGAAACAAAUGAGGCAGCGCGGUUAGCACAAGAAUUAGGUUACGGCAUUGCUAUAUUUCAGGGUUUGACAAAUUUCUUCCUCAAUGGCUUGGUGCUAACCACGCUUUUCAUGGGUGGCCAUUUGAUGUCCACGGAAAGCCUUUCGCCGGGCGCUUUAAUGGCUUUUCUAGUUGCGUCACAAGGUGUGCAACGCUCCUUAGCGCAAGGAUCUAUAUUGCUGGGCACCAUGAUCCGCGGCAUGACAGCAGGUUCGCGGGUAUUUGAGUAUCUGCAAUUGCAACCUAAAGUAGAAUUGUUGCGUGGUUAUGAGAUUCCACAAAAACAUCUGAAUGGCGAAAUCCGUUUUGAAAACGUAUCUUUUGCAUAUCCUUCAAGGCCAGAUCAUAUCAUCUUAAAAGACUUCAACCUAAUAUUGCGUCCCGGUCAGACAGUAGCACUUGUUGGCGCUUCAGGCUCUGGAAAAUCAACGGUCGCUGCACUUGUAGAACGCUUUUAUGAACCCACAGCAGGCUCGAUUAAAUUAGAUGGCUAUAAACUAUCCGACAUUGCGCCAUAUUGGUUACGUGGCAAUGUUCUCGGUUUCAUUGAACAACAACCCAUACUCUUUGCAACGACAAUACUUGAAAAUAUACGUUAUGGUCGCCCAGGUGCUAAAGAAGAUGAAGUCUAUAACGCAGCCAAAAUGUCGCAAUCGCAUGACUUUGUCAGUGCAUUACCUGAUGGCUACGAUACUAAUGUCGGAGAGCGGGGUACGCAAUUGAGUGGUGGUCAACGGCAACGAAUCGCAAUAGCACGUGCAUUACUGAAAAAUCCAAAAAUCUUGAUAUUGGACGAGGCGACUAGUGCGCUAGAUGCGACUAGUGAAGCUGAAGUACAAAAGGCUUUAGAUACAGCAGUUCUGAACCGCACGACGCUAGUAAUAGCGCACCGAUUAUCGACCAUAAGAAAUGCGGACCUGAUUGUGGUGAUGGAACAUGGUCGGAUAGUGGAGUCUGGCAAGCAUGAUGAGUUAAUGGCAAAACUUGGGCUCUAUUACGAGCUGGUACGCCAGCAGGAGCGACGCACUGUGCAAGAACCUGAAGAGGAUGAACCAAAUACUGCCGGCGGAAAGCAAAACAGUUUUACUGCUAAUACUAACCGCCCAAAUAUGCAACAGGGAUAAAAUGAGCCUAUGAUGUUUUUAAUAUUAUACGAUAAUACCUCGAAACAUUGCCCUUGUUUAUCCUUUGUUGAUGAUGGUUACUUGAAACUUCAUAUGUAUUUCUGUACUUAAAAAAAGGAAUGUAGAUGGUUAUUAGAAUCAUAAUCUAUUUGAAGCAGAAUACUAUACGAAUAGGAAUAACUUAUUGACUACUGAAAUAAGUUAAAUUUAAGUUAAAAUAACGAAAUAACUGUUAAUAAGAAUAACAUUUUAACAGUUGUUGAUAAUAAAAUGCAAGUUGUUAAU